GAAGUCCUGCCAGGCUGUAUGUAGUUAGCGUCGCUAGCCUGUGGCGUUGACAGUUACAAUGCCGAACUGAAUUAAACCCAAAGGCAGCCAAUGAUCUACGGAUUAAAAGUCGAAUAUAACCGGUCUUUCUGUCAAGGGAAGAUCAUUGUCGGAUAAGCAGGAUGGACCCUGCACUGUUGAGAGAGCGUGAACUCUUUAAGAAGAGGGCACUGUCCACUCCGGCAGUAGAGAAGAGACCGGCGUCCUCCGAAGCCUCUGGCUCUUCUAAGAAAAAGAAGAGCAAACCUGAUAAAGAUUCCUCUUCAGGAUCUAAAAACAGCACAGACUCCAGUAAUGGAUCCUUUAAUCUCAAAGCUCUUUCUGGGAGCUCGGGCUACAAAUUCGGCGUCCUGGCACGAAUCGUCAACUACAUGAAGACGAGGCAUCAGAGAGGAGACACUCAUCCCCUAACCCUGGAAGAGAUUUUAGAUGAGACCAAGCUCUUGGACAUCGGCUUGAAGCAGAAGCAAUGGCUCAUGACUGAGGCCUUGGCAAGUAACCCCAAGAUAGACGUGCGUGAAGGGAAAUACGCCUUUAAACCUAAAUACCAUCUAAAGGACAAGAAAGCGCUGCUCAGAUUGCUGGACAAGCACGAUCAGCAGGGGUUAGGAGGAGUGCUGCUGGACGAUGUAGAGGAGGGGCUGCCCAACUCUGCCAAGGCCAUCAAAGCUCUUGGAGAUCAGAUCAUAUUCGUGUCCAGACCUGACAAGAAAAAGAUUCUCUUCUACAACGACAAACACUGUCACUUCGAAGUAGAUGAAGAGUUUCAGAAGUUGUGGCGCAGCGUUCCGGUGGAUUCCAUAGACGACGACAAGAUUGAAGAAUACCUGAAGAGACAGGGCAUUUCGUCCAUGCAGGACACGGGACCAAAGAAAAUCACACCAGUCCAAAAGAGGAAGAAACCGGCAACGCAGAAGAAGAGGCGGUUCAAGACUCACAACGAUCAUCUGAACGGGGUUCUGGAGGACUACUCGGACGGAGUCCCCGCUAAGAAGUGACACGUGCAUGCACUAAUGACACGCGUCCCACACGAGCUGGGAUAAAGACUCGAAGAUCGACAUCUGUGUGUACACUGCAAACUCAUUUGCCAAAAACCACAUGGAGACUAACGGAGGAAAUUCGAAUGUGAAGCAACUGUAAAUAUUUUCUUUUCGUGCCAGCACUUUUAACACAAGUAUGUUGAAGGUGUUUUUUUUUUUUUUUUUUAAGAAUAAAACUUUAAAAUCA